AUGGAAAUCAUCAAAGGAAACGAAGCCUUCGAACGAAUCAACGACGAGAUGAAAUUCUCCUACGUGAAAUACUUCAUCCAACAAAACGGCACCCUCUACCACGGCAAAUGGAAAAACCGCUCCCAGCGACCCAUGACACUCUCCGAGCUCGACGACGUCCAGGAAAUCCAGACUUUAGACCGAGGCCCCGCUAUCAACAACACUUGGUCAACGAUCUAUAUCAAACAACCCAGUCUACUCUCCUACGCCGACAGGUGUGAUCUAUCACAACGAAUCCAUCGAGAAGUCACGGUUUGUGAAAUCCUCCGGAACAACCCGCACCCGAAUAUAGCGGUGUAUUAUGGAUGUCAGGAGACACGGGGGAGGGUGUCGGGGUUGUGUUUUAAACGGUAUACGGAGACGUUGUUGGAGAGGGUUAACCCGCAACAUUUGAAUAAGGAGGGGUUUCGGCGCAGUGGAAGAGAAUUGGUUGAUGAGAUGGUUCGGGCGGGGUUGGAUGGGGUUCGGGAGGGGAUUAAGCAUCUGCAUUCGUUGGGGUGGGUGCAUAAUGAUAUUAAUCCGGCGAAUGUUAUGUUUGAUGGGGGUGGGGGUGGGGAUGGGAGGGUGGUGAUUGUUGAUUUUGAUAGUUGUCGGAGGGUUGGGGAGUGCUUGCGGGGGACGGAGACGAAGAGGACGCAUCAGUGGCAUAAUCCGGGGGUGGAGAGGGCGGUGGAGAAGAAUGAUUUGGAUGCGUGGGAGGAGUUGAGGAUUUGGUUGGUGGGAGAGGUGGAUGAGGGGUUUUUGUUUGGGUAG